AUGGACAGGUCCUGUGAACCCGAGGUAACAGCUGGAGGCUACUACUCGCCCCAUAUCAUGUUGAACUCCCUGCACAAGUAUGAGCCUAGGAUUCAUAUAGUGAGAGUUGGUGGCCCGCAGCGGAUGAUCACCAGCCAUUCCUUCCCGGAGACCCAGUUUAUAGCUGUGACAGCGUACCAGAACGAGGAGAUUACAGCUUUAAAAAUUAAAUACAAUCCCUUUGCAAAGGCAUUUCUUGAUGCAAAAGAAAGAAGUGAUCACAAAGACAUGAUGGAGGAAGUGGGAGACAACCAGCAGUCUGGGUAUUCGCAAUUAGGUAGUUGGCUUAUUCCUGGGACUGGGUCUCUGUGCCCGCCUGCCAAUCCUCACCCUCAGUUUGGAGCACCCCUGUCACUCUCCCCUGCUCACAGCUGUGAAAGGUACUCAUCGCUGAGGAAUCACCGUUCUGCCCCUUACCCCAAUCCCUACACCCAUAGAAACAACUCACCAACAGCCUAUGCCGAUAAUUCCUCUGCCUGCCUUUCCAUGCUCCAGUCCCAUGACAACUGGUCCAGUCUAGGAGUUCCCACGCAUACGACUAUGCUGCCCAUGAGUCACAGCACUGGCACAGCCACCAGCUCCAGUCAAUAUCCUAACUUAUGGUCUGUGAGUAACAGCACCAUCACACCGGUGUCUCAGUCAAGUGGGAUGUCCAAUGGCCUGAGCUCCCAGUUUUUACGUGGCUCUCCAGCACACUACACUGCCCUUCCUCAUCCGGUCACUGCUGCUUCCUCCGCAUCCCCGCUGUAUGACGGCGGUGCACCUACAGACCUUCCUGACAGCCAGUACGAUGCCUCUGCACAUGCUAGGCUAGCAUCCACAUGGACACCUGUCACCCCACCUUCCAUGUAA